GUUUGACCAAGGAAAAUGUCUUAUCUUCUCAUUCUACUAAGUAUCAUCACAGCAUCAACUGCACAAGAAAUGUGCAGCAAAAAGGCCGAUAUUGCUUUUGUUAUUGACUCAUCAAGAAGCAUUUGGAAACCAAAUUUUGAAACACAAGUCAAAUUUCUCUAUGAUAUUUUAAAGAUGUUCGAAAUUUCACCUGCCAAAACGCAAGCAGCUGCAGUAUCGUUUAGUAAUGUCACCAAUCCAGAAUUUCUGUUCAAUUCAUUCAGUAGCAAAGCGGAUGUUCUUGAAGCAAUCAAAGAUAUUAAAUACACAAAGGGUAGCGCUACAAGGACCUACAAAGCUCUUGAAUACAUGAAUGAGGAGAUUUUUAAUUCAGAAAAUGGCGCUAGAAAUGACGCAGUCAAAAUUGCUAUAGUGAUGACAGACGGAGAGACCAAUCCGGGAGGACAUGACAACGACCUGCCACUAGAGGACGCUAUCAAAUGGACUCAAGACGAGGCUAAAGUGGCCAAAGAUAACGGAGUAAACGUUUUUGCUAUUGGAAUUGGCAGCAGAAUUAAUGAAAAAGAAAUUAUGGGCAUCGCUAGCGAACCAAAGGCAGAAUUCGCAAUAAAGGUGAAAACGUAUGAAGAAUUUAAAACCGAUAAAUUGAAGGAACUGGUUGCAUACAGGGCAUGUUCAGUUGAAAAGAUGACUACAACAAAACCACCAGAGCCGCAGGAAGAACAAUGCACCAAACUAGUUGCUGAUGUUAUAUUUGCCAUUGAUCAAUCGACCAGCAUCGAAUCGGAGAAAAAUUUCAGUUUGGAAUUGGAUUUCGUGGUGAGAGUGGUGAAGAACUUUGAUGUGGGUCCAGACGAGACAAGAGUUGGAGCAGUCGUGUUCAGUGACGAGGCGGAUCGUGUUCUCGAACUUAAAGAUGAAAUGUCCAAGGUCGACGUUAUCCAGCGAAUCCAUGACAUAAGAUGGGGACGGGGAAAUACUUUCAUGGACAAAGCUUUUGUAAAGAUGAGGGAAGGGUUCUCGAAAGAAUAUGGCGGCCGCCCCAAACAAGUUCCUCAGAUAGCUGUGCUUGUUACAGAUGGAGUGGCGACCGAUCCUUAUAGAGCUCUAGCGGAGGCCAAUAAACUAAAAAGCCAGGGAGUGGAGAUCUUCACCAUUGGUGUGAAGAGUGCCAGAUUGUCGCAGUUGAACGAAUUGUCCAGUGACCCCGAUUCCCAGCACGUGUUUAGUGUGGACAGCCUGGAAGCACUCUCGUCAAUCGUCAAUAGACUGUCAAGUCGAGUGUGCAGCAGUAUCCAAGGGAAACAGCGAAAAUGUGAAUCCACUACAAACCUUUCAGUGUUCGGCUGUUGGCUUUUCACUAUGUGGACGAAGACUUUGUUGGCAUUGAGUUUCGUGGUUGGGGCAUUAUGUGAUCAUUUUUGUAGCAAGGAAGCAGACAUAGCCUUUAUCAUUGAUUCGUCCAGCAGUAUUUGGCCUCCAAACUUUAAAACACAGGUCAAUUUUCUGUACGAUGUACUUAACCUUUUCGACAUUUCUCCAACUAAAACCCAGAUUGCAGCCGUGUCCUACAGUGACGUCAUCAAACCAGAAUUUCAAUUCAAUACCCAUAAAGACAAAGACGGCGCCCUAUGGGCAACUAAGAAAAUUUAUCAAACAAAGGGUGAUGCAACUAGAACUUACAAAGCUUUAGAAUACAUGAAUAAUGAAAUAUUUUCUUCUAAGAACGGUGCUAGGAGUGGCGUUAUGAAGAUUGCUAUAGUGAUGACGGAUGGCGAGACUAAUCCGGGGUCGUAUGAUCGAUUAACACUAGAAGAAGCGAAACAGUUGACACUCAAAGAGGCUAAGCGAGCAAGAAACAAUGGCGUUUACGUUUUUGCUAUUGGUGUUGGGUGGGAAGUUCUUGAUGAGGAACUAUAUGGAAUGGCCAGUGAACCUGAUUCUGUCAUUAAGGUUCCGACAUACGGAGAAUUUAAAACAGAUAAGCUGAAAGAAAUGUUGGCAAAGAAAACCUGUGACGUUGGCGUAACAACCGUGAAACCAAAUAAACAAGAAGAGGAAUGUUUAAAACAUGUUGCGGAUGUCAUAUUUGCCAUUGACCAAUCAACAAGCAUCGAUAACGAGAAGAACUUCAACAUUGAACUAGAUUUCGUGAAUGACAUGGUGGAGAAAUUCGACGUAGCCAAAGAUGAAACAAGAGUGGGUGCUAUUGUUUUCAGCAAUGGCGCUUCACGUUUUCUGGAACUAAGAGAUGGAGUAGAUAAAUCUCUUGUCCUUGAUAGAAUCCAUGGUAGAAACUGGGAACGAGGAAACACUAAUAUGCACCUGGCUUUCCAAAAGAUGCAAGAGGGGUUCCUUCCCGAAAAAGGAGGUAGGCCCGGCCUUGUUCCCCAAAUCGCAGUGAUGGUGACUGAUGGAGAAGCGACUGAUCCAGGGGCUGCAAGGAAGGAAGCUGCAAAAUUAAGGAAUGAUGGUGUUCUUAUUUUCGCAAUAGGUGUGACGGGGGCUAAUCGAACGGAACUGGAGACUUACGCUACCAGCCCAGACUAUGUUUAUUAUGUUAACAAUCUCCAGGCCCUGAGAAGCAUUUCCAGCAAGCUCUCAACAAGAGUUUGUGAACAAAGGAUUGUUCCUAGUCGUGAAUGCAGCAUAAAAUAUAAGCGCUGUUUUCCUAAAGCUGAACCCACUACAAACCUUCCAGUGUUCAGCUGUUGGCUAUUCACUAUGUGGACGAAAACUUUGUUGGCAUUGGGAUUCGUGGUUGGGGCAUUAUGUGAUCAUUUUUGUAGCAAGGAAGCAGACAUAGCUUUUGUCAUUGAUUCCUCCAAUAGUAUUUGGCCUCCAAACUUUGAUACACAGGUCCACUUUCUGUACGAUGUACUUAGCCUUUUCGACAUUUCUCCAACCAAAACCCAGAUUGCAGCCGUGUCUUACAGUGACGUCAUCAAACCAGAAUUUCAAUUCAAUACCCAUAACAACAAAGACGGCGUUCUGGGUGCAACUCAGAAAAUUGAACACACAAAGGGUGGUGCAACUAGAACUUACAAGGCUUUAGAAUACAUGAACAAUGAAAUCUUUUCUUCUAAGAACGGUGCUAGGAGUGAUGUUAUGAAGAUUGCUAUAGUGAUGACGGAUGGCGAGACUAAUCCGGGAUCUGUUGAUCCGUUCACACAAGAAGAAGCGAAACAGUUGACACUCAAAGAGGCUAAGCGAGCAAGAGACAAUGGCAUUUACGUUUUUGCUAUUGGUGUCGGGGGGAAAGUUGUUGAUGAGGAACUAUUUGGAAUGGCCAGUGAACCUGAUUCUGUCAUUAAGGUUCCGACAUACGGAGAAUUUAAAACAGAUAAGCUGAAGGAAAUGUUAGCAAAGAAAACCUGUGACGUUGGAGAGCCAACAACCGUGAAACCAAAUGAACCAGAGGAACAAUGCCUCAAACAUGUUGCUGAUGUCAUAUUUGCCAUCGACCAAUCAACGAGCAUCGGUUCUCAGAAGAACUUCAGCAUUGAACUAGAUUUUGUAAAUGACCUAGUGGAGAAAUUCGACAUAGCUAAAGAUGAAACAAGAGUUGGAGCUAUCGCCUUCAGCACUGACGCUUCACGUUUUCUGGAACUACGAGAUGGAGUUGAUAAAUCUCUUGUCCUUAAUAGAAUCCAUGGUAGAAACUGGGAACGAGGGAACACUAAUAUGCACCUGGCUUUCCAAAAGAUGCAAGAGGGAUUCCUUCCCGAAAAAGGAGGUCGGCCCCUCCUUGUUCCCCAAAUCGCAGUGAUGGUGACCGAUGGAGAAGCGACUAAUCCAUACGAAGCAAGGGAAGAAGCCGCAAAAUUAAGGAAUAGUGGUGUUCUUAUUUUCGCAAUAGGUGUGAUGGGGGCUAAUCGAAGGGAACUGGAGACGUACGCUACCAGCCCAGACUAUGUUUACUAUGUCAACAAUCUACAGGCCCUGAGAAGCAUUUCCAGCGAGCUCUCGACCAGAGUUUGUGAACAAAGGAUUGGGUCCCUGUCGUGAAUGCAGCAUAAAAAAUAAGGGAAAGAAGAUGAGUGUCACAGAGGAUACCUAUGUUUCAGUAGUAGGCAGCCAUUACUAUAAACACAUUCAGAAAUUA